UGGCCCAGAGAGAGCUAGCUAUUAGCAUGUUAGCAUGUUGAAUGUUUACUUUGAGCGCGAUCACAAAACUCGAUAACAUGUUUUUAAAGAUCAUGAAAUAUGUCUCAGGAAAUGAAGGAGGAUGUGAGUGUGUAUUUCCGUCCGCUGCUGGAGCUCAGAGACGUCGUGCUCCUCACACAGAGAGUUCUCCAGGACUUUCCCAACACAAUCCUGCCUGAAUUCAAACCCUGGUUUCCGUCAGCGUCAGACUCCCGAAAACCCAUCAGACCCCGGAAACCUCCACCUCUGAUCUCCUCCUCCGAGAUCAUCACACGCCAGAUCCCAAAUGAGAUCCCACACCAGAUCCCAAACCAGAUCACACACCAGAUCCCAAACAAGAUCCCACACCAGAUCCCAAACGAGAUCACACACCAGAUCCCAAACGAGAUCCCACACCAGAUCCCAAACGAGAUCACACACCAGAUCCUAAACGAGAUCACACACCAGAUCCCACACCAGAUCCCACACCAGAUCCCAAACAAGAUCCCACACCAGAUCCCAAACGAGAUCACACACCAGAUCCCAAACGAGAUCCCACACCAGAUCCCAAACGAGAUCACACACCAGAUCCUAAACGAGAUCACACACCAGAUCCCACACCAGAUCACACACCAGAUCACACACCAGAUCCCAAACGAAAUCCCCCACCAGAUCCCACACCAGAUCCCAAACGAGAUCACACACCAGAUCCCACACCAGAUCCCAAACGAGAUCCCACACCAGAUUCCAAACGAGAUCCCACACCAGAUCCCAAACGAGAUCCCAAAUGAGAUCCCACACCAGAUCCCAAACGAGAUCACACACCAGAUCCCACACCAGAUCCCAAACGAGAUCCCACACCAGAUCCCAAACCAGAUCACACACCAGAUCCCAAACCAGAUCCCACACCAGAUCCCAAACGAGAUCCCACACCAGAUCCCAAACGAGAUCACACACCAGAUCCCAAACGAGAUCCCACACCAGAUCCCAAACGAGAUCACACACCAGAUCCUAAACGAGAUCACACACCAGAUCCCACACCAGAUCCCAAACAAAAUCCCACACCAGAUCCCAAACGAGAUCCCACACCAGAUCCCAAACGAGAUCACACACCAGAUCCUAAACGAGAUCCCACACCAGAUCCCAAACGAGAUCCCACACGAGAUCCCACACCAGAUCCCAAACGAGAUCCCACACCAGAUCCCAAACGAGAUCACACACCAGAUCCCACGGGAAGCUUCAGACUCCAGAUCCCAGAGUAAACCCGUCCCGGAUCCUCAGAGGUUCGAGCGCUCGUGGUGUGUGAUCUCACACAGAUCCGCUCCGCUCCGGAUCCCACGCUCCUUCUCUCGUCCCUUCCGGCGGAUCAUCGAGGAUCACGGGCUGGAUCUGCGUCAGCGGGUGAAGUGGGUUGUGUGUGAGCGUAACUGUGGCUCUCGCGACAUGGAGGAUCUGUGGCGGGAUCUGAUCCGGGCCGUCCGGCGUUCCCGAAUGCCCUCCUGCAACGCAAACUUCCAGCGAGCGCUGGCGCAGAUCUGGCUUUACUGCGACGUCCGCUACUGCGAGGAUAUCGGGGACUUCCUGAAGCAGGAGUUCCAGCUCUGUGGGAAAAUCACUCUGACGGUGCAUAAACUCGGAGAAUUAAUUAAGCUAUGAGGUUUUAUUGACUUACUGGAAAUGUGAACACAUCUCGUAUUUAUAAAUGGGCCAUAAAUUAAUUGUUUGUUUUUAUAUGAUAUGAUGCUCCUCCUGAAGCAGGAGUUCCAGUUCUCAGGGAAAAUCACACUCACUGUGUAUAAAGUUUUAACUUGGAGAAUUAAUUAAGUUUUUAAUGACUUACUGAAAAUGUGAAACAGAGUGAAAAUAUAUCAUAUUUAUUAUUGGCAAUAAAUGAGUUGUUUGUUUUUAUAUGGUAUGUAUUUCACACCCAUAUUAAAAUGUGCGGUGCGUUUCACUGUC